CACAAUGCGCACACACACACACAUACUUUCUCUCUCUCUUUCUCUUUCUUAUUUUUGGGAACUUUCUUUUUUAAGUACGGAAGGCUGAUUGUAGAAGAGAGAAACUGAAAUUAGAAAGCGAGAGGAAGACUUAAUAUGUAUAAGAACAGGGCAUAGUUAGAGAGAGAGAGAGGGAUGAUAGUGGUGAGAGGUCUUUUUGUUGUGUAUGGUACUGUAGAAGUUGCAGGUUUUGGAUUUUUGGUGUCGGAGGUCCUUCGAUUUGGUCCAUGUGAUAUGUAACGAAAAAUUAUGUGUCUAUAUAUUUAUAUAUCACUAUAUAUUUCGAUUGUGAGUGAUUUGUGGGGAGAGGGAUCUCUUCCUUUUUAGGUCUACUUACCCUGCAACGAGUCUCUGCGUUGAGAAUCAAGGAAUUUGGUGUUACCCAGAUCAUAAAUUCGCAGGAAUCAUAAUGGAUACCACCAUGAGCUUUUCACAGGACAUGGAUGAUGCAUAUGAGAAAUUCAUUAGGAGAAUGAACCCACCCAGAGUUGUGAUUGAUAACGAAUCCUACAAAAAUGCUACUGUUAUAAAGGUGGACUGUGCUAACAAACAUGGAAUACUUCUAGAAGUUGUACAAGUCCUAACUGAUCUUAAUCUUGUCAUUACUAAAGCUUAUAUGUCUUCUGAUGGAGGGUGGUUCAUGGAUGUCUUCAAUGUUACUGAUCAAGAUGGGAACAAGGUUACAGAUGAUGAAACUCUGGAUUAUAUUCGGAAGUCUCUUGGGCCAGAUUCAUGCUUUAUGUCUUCAAUGAGAUCUGUUGGGGUUAUACCGUCAACGGACCACACGUCGAUUGAAUUAACAGGGUGUGAUAGGCCAGGACUACUCUCUGAGAUGAGUGCUGUCCUCACCUCCCUCAGAUGCAAUGUGGUUAAUGCUGAGGUUUGGACCCACAACACCCGGGCUGCAGCUGUGAUGCAAGUAACUGAUGAGGAGACUGGAAGCGCAAUUACUGACCCUGAAAGGCUGUCAAUGAUUAAGCAACUUCUCUGCAAUGUACUCAAGGGUAGCAACAAAUCCAGGGAAGCUAAGACCGUAGUAUCUCACGGGGUCACUCACAGAGAGAGAAGGCUCCACCAAAUGAUGUUUGCGGAUCGAGACUAUGACCGGGAUUAUGAUGAUGAAUCCUCCAAUGAGAAGCAAAGACCAAAUGUUAAUGUUGUUAAUUGGUAUGACCGAGACUACUCGGUAGUCACUGUGCGUUGUAAGGACAGGUCAAAACUUCUCUUCGAUAUAGUUUGCACUUUGACAGACAUGCAAUACGUGGUUUUUCAUGGAAAUGUCGAUGCUGAGGGGCCAGAAGCUUUUCAGGAAUACUGCAUCAGACAUGUGGAUGGAUCCCCUGUGAACUCCGAUGCUGAGAGACAAAGACUGAUUCAAUGUCUCGAAGCGGCAAUAGAAAGAAGAGUAUCUGAGGGCUUAAAGCUAGAAUUAUGCACUACCGACAGAGUUGGGCUGCUGUCCGAUGUCACUCGCAUCUUCCGUGAGAAUAGCCUCAACGUCACCAGAGCAGAAGUGGCAACAAGAGCAGGCAAAGCUGUUAAUACGUUCUACGUGUGUGAUGCAUCCGGUUACCGUGUUGAUUCUAAGAUCAUAGAUUCUAUUAGACAAGAACUCGGCCAGACUAUACUCCAAGUCAAAGGCAGCCCUGAAGAUGUGAAUCAAGUUCCACAAGAAUCUCCAACCAGGUUCCUCUUUGGUGGUCUCUUCAAGUCCAGAUCUUUUUGCAACUUUGGCCCUGGUUAGGUCUUACUCUUGAAGGAACUAAUCAUAGUUCAACCCCCAUGUACAUUGGUACCCCUUGACAGCAAUCCUCACCACAGUUCUCAGCCCUUUCAGAAUGGGAGACCGAGACCAAGACCAAGACCAAGACUUAGUUCCACUUCCACAGCAAUGUCCCAACAGAGAAAUAAAACCCUCAAGGACAUUGAAGUGCUUGUAAAUAUGCCCAAUUUGCUCUCUUCUUACCUAUAUUUGUUACUAUGGAUCCAACUUCACAAUGGAGCCAUAGAAGCAGAGAUGAAAAACCCAAAUCCAGUAAUGACAAGAAAACACACUGUUAGAUUAAAACAUUUGUAAAUAGUAAUUUUCUAGCCUCUAAUUUCUUGGCCCUAUUAUUAGUCAAAUCUGUUAUUUAUUUUCAAUCUGAAUGAGCUGUUUUAUUA